AUGGCCAUCGCGCCCGAGGACCCCGUCGCCCCCCCGUCUCGGCCGUCGGCGUCCUCAGGCUUCAGCGCCUCCCCCGGACACGCCCUCCGCCGCGCAAAGACCAUCGACGAGACGCAGCCGCGGCGGUCGAGAUCCCUUGCCAGCCCCCUCGAGGGCCCCUCGGACCUUCCGCCGCGGAGGGGCUCCAGCUUGUCCGACUACAGCAAUGAGGCCCGCGACAUCCUCAACCCAAAGGCCCGCCCCGGCUCCGAGGCGGCCCUGCCCGAGACGUCGUCCCUCGCCGUCGUCUCGCUGGCCUUUGCCCUGCUCCCCGCCAUCUCGGGUGCUCUGUUCAAGAAUGGCCACGCCGUCGUGACAGACAUUAUGCUGCUGGGCCUGGCCGGAGUCUUUCUUCACUGGUCGGUGACGCAGCCAUGGGUCUGGUAUCAUGCCGCUCAACAGGUGCGCAUCCAGCGCGAGGAGGACCCCGACCUGGCUGUUGAAGAAGAUGGCGACCCCGACGCCGCGGCCCCCGACCAUCGCCCUGCCACUACACUCGACGACGUUCCCGAGCAAGGCGAUUUGCCCAAGCCAAAGGCGCAAGAGGAGGAUCCAAAGAUGGCGCGCAGACGGGCAGCCCUUCGAGAGCUAUACGUGCACGAGGUGCUGGCGCUCGUUGCUUGUCUCGUGCUGCCGCUCGCCAGCGCAUACUUGCUCCACGCCAUCAGGGCUCAGCUGAGCCGCCCAUCGGGAGGGCUCGUGUCAGACUAUAACCUGACGAUAUUUCUGCUCGUGUCGGAGCUGCGAGUCUUUUCCCACAUGCUCAAGCUGGUCCAGUCACGAACGCUGCAUCUGCAGAGGGUCGCGCACGAAAACGAGCUCACCUCGCCGUCGGACACGGCAGCGCGCAUCGACGACGUCCUUGAGAGACUCGAGACACUCGAAUGCCGCGGCCGGACGGCGCAGAAUGGCGGCUCGGACUCAGGGAGGGCCAAGGAGGAGGCGGCGCUGACGAGGGAUGUGCGCAACGCGAUCCAGCCCGAGCUCGAUGCCCUGAAUCGGGCCGUGAGGCGAUACGAGAAGAAGGCGACGCUGCUUCAGUUGCAGACAGAAUCACGUUUCACGGGCCUCGACGCACGGCUGGGCGACGCGAUUGCGCUGGCGGCGGUGGCGGCCAAGAACAGCGCCGGCCGGCCGAACAUUGUGAGGCGUGCGGCCGAGGCGGCCGCCGGCAUUAUCCUGUUUCCCCUGAACGCACUGUUGCGGCUGCUGCUGCUGCCCCUGACAUAUCUGGUCGCUUUGAUGCACCGCAACGAGCAUAGGAGUCAGCAUCCCGCCAAGACGGGGCGGAGCAGCCGCGCCGGGAAAGCGGCGGUACAGCCUCGCUACGGGAGUGAGCGGGUCGCGACUCGAGUAACGAGGCGGUGA